UGGAUGCAUACUUAACUUAAUGAAGCCACUGAUCCAGUAGAAUAUCCUUCUUCUGUUUGCUUUUAAUGAACUCCACCUCACAUCCAUAUCCAUUUGCUUAUCUUCAUAUUCCAUCACAACAGUUUGAAAGGAACAACACCACCCUGCAGUUACCACCAUUAUUGUUUAUACUAUAUAAAAUAACUCGAUCAAACUAUCAACAAGACAGUUUGGCCGAGUGGUCUAAGGCGCCAGAUUUAGGCUCUGGUCCGAAAGGGCGUGGGUUCAAAUCCCACAGCUGUCAUUCUUUUUUUUAUUUUUUAUUUUCUUACUAUUUUUCAUAAAAUUGUUAUCCAAAACUGGUGUUGUUCCUUUCAUCAUAGCAAUGGCACUCUCAGCUUCUUGUUACACUUUUGCUUCUUCAAACACUAACCCCUUACCAUCUUUUCCUUUCAAAUUCCCUUCCUUAUGGCCAUCCACACAAAAGCUGAAGAUGGGGCCUCUGAGUGUUUCUCCAAUGGGUUUUGGAACAUGGGCAUGGGGAAAUCAGCUUCUGUGGGGAUAUAAGGAAUCUAUGGAUGAUGACCUUCAACAAGUCUUCAACAUGGCUGUGGAGAAUGGUGUUAAUCUUUUUGAUACUGCUGAUUCUUAUGGUACUGGAAGGUUUAAUGGCCAGAGUGAGAAACUCCUUGGGAAGUUCGUUCGAGAUUUUCGAGAGAAAAAGGGGAGCAGGAGUGAAAUUGUGAUUGCUACAAAAUUUGCUGCUUAUCCAUGGCGCCUUACACCAGGGCAGUUUGUGAAUGCUUGCAGGGCAUCACUAGAUAGGAUGCAGAUAGAGCAAAUUGGGAUAGGACAACUACAUUGGUCAACUGCAAAUUAUGCUCCUUUCCAGGAAUUAGCUCUUUGGGAUGGUUUAGUGGCAAUGUAUGACAAGGGUUUAGUUCAAGCUGUUGGAGUUAGUAAUUAUGGACCGAAGCAGCUUUUAAAGAUACAUGAUUACUUGAAAGAACGUGGAGUUCCCUUAUGCUCAGCUCAGGUGCAAUUUUCUUUGCUAAGCAUGGGGGAAGAACAACUAGAGAUCAAGAGUAUAUGUGAUUCUUUGGGUAUUCGGGUAAUUGCUUAUAGUCCUCUGGGACUUGGAAUGCUUACUGGGAAAUACUCGUCAUCCAAACUUCCAACUGGGCCAAGGGGAUUGCUAUUUAAGCAAAUACUUCCAGGACUGGAUCCUUUAUUGAGUUCCUUGAGAGAAAUUGCAAAUAAAAGGCGCAAAACCAUGUCACAGGUUGCAAUAAAUUGGUGUAUAUGCAAAGGUACAAUUCCAAUUCCUGGAGUCAAGUCAAUAACACAGGCGGAAGAAAACUUGGGUGCGCUGGGUUGGCGCCUCUCCUCAGACGAGAUACUUCAGUUGGAGUAUGCAGCACAGGAAUCACCCCGUAGGAUGAUCCAAAACAUUUUCCAAACCAGAUAAUAGCAACAAGCCUCAGCAGCACAGUUUGCAGACUGAGAAUGAAGGCAAGGAGGCCACAUGGUUUUUAUCAUGUGAAAACCAGGACAUAUUGUAAAACAAUUUCAUCUGUACUGACCCAGAAGAGAUAAACUGAAUCAAGCACUCCUAAAGCAAUUGUCGAGCUUAAAGUACUGCAUUACGUGCUUGUUGUGAUAACUUUGUAAUUUAAAAAAACAUGAAUUGCGUUCAUCCAAGAUACUACUGGAUAAUCAUAUAGUUAUACUCAUAAUUUUUCUUAAAUGUUUUACAACAAUUUUCGUAGAAAUAUUUUACUUGUACAGUGCUGAAAAAUCUUAUAGUGAGAAACAG